GAAAAUAUUAAUGAUUUGCUUGGGAAACAUUUGCCGGUCUCCCAUAGCCGAGGUGGUAAUGGUUCAAGCAUUGGAGAAUGCAAAAUUGGACAAUGUUGUGGUGGACAGUGCAGCAAUUGGCUCCUGGCAUGUGGGCAAUCGGGCAGAUCAUCGUGCUCUUAGUACCCUGGAGAAACAUGGUCUAAAGAGUACGCACAUUGUCAGACAGAUUAAGAAAAACGAUUUCGAAGAUUUUGAUUAUAUUUUUGGCAUGGAUGAGGACAAUAUGAGCGAGCUGCGACGACUGGCACCUAAAAAUUCCAAAGCAGAGCUGCUUAUGUUGGGUGAUUUUGGUUUGGAAAAGAAGAACCGCAUCAUUGAGGAUCCCUACUAUGAACGUGGAGCCGCUGGCUUUGAGACAGCUUAUCAGCAGUGCGUGGUGGCAUGUGCCGCCUUUGUUAAGGAGCGCCUGCAAAACAAUUUGCGGAACCAACAGUUCACCAUGAAGAUUCUAUUUGUGUGCUUGGGCAACACCUGUCGUUCACCCAUGGCCGAGUCCGUCAUGGAGCAUCUGAUUCAGAAACAUCAACUACACGAUUGGCAUACAGAUAGCGCGGGACUAAGAGAUUGGAAUGUCGGCAGAGAGCCCCAGGGACGGGCACAACACCUGCUGCAACAGCAUGGCUUAAAAUCAAGACAUUUGAGUCGUCUGAUCACAAGUCAGGAUUUUUACGACUUUGACUACAUUCUGGGCAUGGAUAGUGAGAACCUAAAGGAACUUCAACAAAUGGCAAAUAGUCUGCGACCUCAGCCGCAUUGUAAAAUCUUAUUACUAGGAAGCUUUUUAGAGCGCAAGGAAGAUGAAAUUAUUCCAGAUCCAUAUUUUAGUCAAGGAAUGGGUGGCUUUCAUUCAGCUUAUUUGCAGAUAAAUGAGAGUUGCGAAGCCUUUGUGAAGAAGCACAGAGAUGAUAAUAAUGGAUCUUAAUAAUGUUUUUCAUACGCCCCGUCGGUCGUGAAUCGUGGUAUAUGUAUCCGUUCUU